CCGUGCUGCAGUAGGGGGGCGUAAUAGGAGGAAAAAAUAACAACAUUUUCAUUGCUCUCCCCUGCAUCUUUUGAUCCGCGUCUCUCCCGUGCGAGUGCCAUAUGCCACUAUCAGCAGCAGCAGCCGCCGCCGAUCAUUAUUUGCAGUCCCAAUGCUUAUUUCGCAGUAGGGCUAAUAACAAUCCGUGCCAAACAUGAGGGAGAAAGUCACGCUGAUGUUGAAGAUGUCAGUCCAUCCAGCCGGCCAGCUUGUUACCAUGACGCCCAGUAUAGGAUCCUGGGAUUGAGACGUGAAUCCCCUGACACUGAUGGCCUGGACUGAGUUUCAGCUGGCCUGCUGAAGCUAUGGGGAGCUGUUGGAGUUGUCUGUACAGAGACCCCAUUCGAGACAACCAUCUCACCAAAUUUAAGGUCACCAAUGUGGAUGAUGAGGGCAACGAGUUGGGUUCUGGGACCAUGGAGCUCACACAGACGGAGCUCAUCCUUCACACACGCAAGAGGGAUGCCAUCCGGUGGCCGUAUCUCUGCCUACGUCGCUACGGCUACGACUCCAACCUUUUUUCUUUUGAGAGUGGUCGCCGCUGUCAGACCGGGCAGGGAAUCUUCGCCUUCAAAUGUUCGCGGGCGGAGGAGAUCUUCAAUCUGCUCCAGGAGCUGAUGCAGUGUAACAGCAUCAAUGUUGUAGAAGAGUCGAUGAUGAUGACUCGCAGCGGUCACACACCAGAGAUGGACAUGCCUCGCACACCGCAGACUCCCAACACUCCAGCAUUCCCUGUUCAGGGUUUUCCAAAUGGAUAUCCUGGUUAUCCAAUCAGAGGUGAUUCCUCCCAACCCUCUCUUGCUGAUGAUCAUGGCCACAGCCUCAUGGGCUUGGAAGACCAGGCCCACACCUAUGUAAAUACUGUUAGUAUGGAGGGGGAUCUCUCCAUGCGUCACUGUGUGCACUCCCUACCUGAGGUGCGGCCCAGCUCUUUUCCUGAAACAGCACGGGGAGCCAUGCCUGUUGGGAGCCAAGGAAAUGCGCAGUCCAACUUGCGCUGCUGUCCCAUGGAGGACCAUAAGGAUCCUCAGGUGUUCCUACAGCCGUCCUCGCAGGAGGUUAAAUUCAUGUUGGGCCCCACUCCGGCGCAACGCCAUCUACUGGAGCGGGAGAGAGAAAGGGAGAGACUUGGGCACAAUCCUCUCAACCUUCAGCCUGUAGAGGGUGCAACAGGCUCGGAGACGGAAGGAGACGAGCCCUCUAUGCACAUGUGCAACUCUCACUCUUAUCACCAUUUCCAUCAUCUCAUGCACCGGCAUCCAGGCCAUGAGCACCAGGAGGGUUGCCAGAGUAGCCAGCUCACUUAUGAGAACAUCAACGGCCUGAGGAGUGGCCGAAAGCAGAGGCUGAGUCCAAGCAGCAUAUCCCAGUCUGUGGGUUCGAGCAGCAGCAGCAGCACUGGGGACAGUCACUCCCACUCCCUCCUCCAUUCACACUCUCAUGGUCCGUCUUCUCUGCCCCCGCAGGGCUACCCUUGUGAGCGAGGUAUGGGUGGAGGUCACCGUCGGACAGCUCUGCUUAACUAUGAGAACCUGCCCUCUCUGCCUCCGGUGUGGGAGUACAGCGCUCUGCAGCGGGAAGAAGAGCAGGAGGAUGAAGACGAUGACCAGGAUGAAGAGGAGUACGAGGAAGAAGAGGAAGACUUUGACGAGUACGAGUUCUCGGAAGGUCCUGGGACACCCAACGGUUACCAUCAGGAAGGCCGGGGUAUCCACAGAGAUGCCCUGCAGAACUACGUCAACACAGAGCAGGUCCAGCCACUCCGGCUCCGACACGCCUGCCCCCCGCAUCCCCAGCCGUGUCAGUCCGACAGAGGGGGGCGAAUAUUUAGCUUUGAUUUCCGCAGACGAUCAGGGGCGGGGGUCGGAGGCUGCGAGCACGGCCAUAUGCCUCCAUCGCGGCAGCUGAAUUACAUCCAGGUGGACUUAGAGGGAGAGCCUCCCUGCCAAGCCCUCAGCAGUGGGGGUGCCCAGACCCAGCCACAGCACCAGCGCCUACCACCCCAAAAAUGUGGCCAACAGGCACCCCGGCGUAGUGAAUUCUACGCCGUCAUUGACCUAAAGAAGACAGCUGCCAUGUCCAACCUGCAGAAAGCUCUGCCCAGGGAUGAUGGGACUUCCCGAAAGACUCGCCACAACAGCACAGACCUGCCUCUGUAAAAAAGGUGUUUAGGUGAAGAGGAAUGACGAAGACAGCAAAUAAGGAGGUAAAUGGAGGGAUACAAGUGAGGACGAAGAGCUUGUUUAGACAGGCUUAUCCUCAUCUUAGCACACUGGACCCUUCACUGUCAUCCAUUCAUUUGACUGUCGGGCUGACUAAUACAGUACAGGUACCUAAUUAGAAACUUAUUGAAACCUAUCUGUGCAUAUAAAAGGAAAUGAGGAAUCUCUUAAAGAGUUAGGAGAAAUUGUCAUUUUAUUCUGUUAUUUAUUAGAUGUGGUGUGAAGCUCUCUUGAGAAAUCUGCAGUGGGAACUUCGACUACUGUUUGCUGGAUUUAAGG